UGUUCUUUUUCUCAGCGUAGAGAAAUGUGUAAAAACAUCUUAUCUGUGGUCUCACUUUCUCUCUCUCUCACACACACACACACACACACACAUAUAUGAGAUGUGAUGCGUUAAGAAACAUGACACUCUAAAGCCUUUUCUCACAUAUACAGGAAGUUUGUGUGAUGUUUUGUGUGAUGUGUGUGUGUGUGUUUGUUGCAUGACCCUCCAAGUUCCUUCUUCAACCACUGCCAUGGAAGUAGGACAGAGAUCACCGAUAAAGCCCCGAGAGAUGAAACUUCUCUCUUCUGCUCCCCGGACAUGUUUGUGCUCGUGCUCUUGGCUAAUACCGGGGAAGAUAGAAGCGAGGACGAUGCACACCCGAGCGACUCUCCUGGACCUCCACCAGUUCAGGCUUUAGUCAUCUUUAAUGAGCUGCACGUGUUGGUGUUGAUGACUCCGCCCUAACGAGAGCGUGUGGUGAAGUGACGCGGAGCUGAUGUUUGAUUUAUUUCUGUGGAUAAAGGAUUUAAAGCAGGGCUGGGGAUACAGGGCAAAACAAAACACACACACAUCCAUUUCCUUUAAGAUCGGAGACGCGUUUCUGCACUCCAGCCUCCAGGGUUCUUACCUUCUUUCUUUCUUUCUUUCUUUCCUUCUUUCUUUGGUUCUUUCUUUCAUUAUUUGGUUCUUUCUUUCUGUCUUUCUUUCAUUAUUUGGUUCUUUCUUUCUUUCUUUCUUUAUUUUGUUCUUUCUUUCAUUCUUUCAUUGGUUCUUUCUUUCUUUCAUUCUUUUGUUGGUUCUUUCUUUCUUUCUUUCUUUCUUUGGUUCGUUCUUUGGUUCUUUCUUUCUUUCUUUCUUUGGUUCUUUCUUUCAUUAUUUGGUUCUUUCUUUAUUUUGUUCUUUCUUUCAUUCUUUCUUUGGUUCUGUCUUUCAUUAUUUGGUUCUUUCUUUCUUUCUUUAUUUUGUUCUUUCUUUCUUUCAUUCUUUCAUUGGUUCUUUCUUUCUUUCAUUCUUUUGUUGGUUCUUUCUUUCUUUCUUUGGUUCGUUCUUUGGUUCUUUCUUUCUUUCUUUCUUUGGUUCUUUCUUUUGUUCUUUCUUUCUUUCUUUCUUUGGUUCUUUCUUUCUUUCUCUCUUUUGUUCUUUCAUUCUUUCUUUGGUUCUUUCUUUCAUUCUUUCGUUUGUUCUUUCUUUCUUUGGUUCUUUCUUUCUUUGGUUCUUUCUUUUGUUCUUUCAUUCUUUCUUUGCUUCUUUCUUUCUUUCUUUGGUUCUUUCUUUCUUUCUUUCUUUCUUUGGUUCUUUCUUUUGUUCUUUCUUUGGUUCUUUCUUUCUUUCUCUCUUUUGUUCUUUCAUUCUUUCUUUGGUUCUUUCUUUCGUUCAUUAUUUCGUUCGUUCUUUCGUUCUUUCUUUCUUUCUAAUUCUGUGUGAAAGCUCUAGUCAGCUAGCUGCACUCGGAGCUGAGGGAUCUGGAGGUGGCAGCUGAUGAAGUGCUGGAGGAGAAAAUGUAGCUCUGACUUUAUAAGCUAUCUGUCCAUUUCCCCCGUUAACAGCAUCUUAUCAGAAUCCAGAGUCCAGCUUCUCCUGCCUUCCACACCGAAUACCUGAACUCUACAGCGCACUCAGGGACGCUACAGAGAAUAUCUCCUCUUCCCUCUAGGACACUCGUUCCUGAUCAGGGCUCGUGUGGGUUCACUCAUUUGUGUACAGUUUAGGGAAAUACACACAACUGUGUUCGUUACAAACCACGACAACCACCACAGUGACCGUGAGAGUGUGCGGGAAUUGGUGAGAAUUCCUUCGGAAGUGGGCGGGAUUGGGAAAAAAUCUGUCUGUUGUACACAUCUGUAACCCACACACACACAAACACACACAAACACACACUAACACACGCACUAAUACACACACUAAAACACACUAACACACACACAUACUAACACAUGCACUAAUACACACACUAAAACACACAAACACACACUAACACACGCACGCACACUAACACACAAACACACACACUAACACACACACACACACACACACUAACACUAACACACGCACUAACGCACGCACAGUAACACACAUGCACACAAACACACACA